AUGCGGGAGCCGCCUGCGGAAUGGGAGUGGCGGUUGGGGACGCAGCCUUUGACUGAGAUCUGGGAUAUGGGCUAUAGAGAGUUGCGGGAUGUGCAGAUGCCAUUCAGAGCUGGUGAUGUGAAGGACUUUGUGAAGGAGCUCAAACGAACGGACCAUAAGAUUGAAAUGCGACAAAAGCGACUAGAUAUGAUGGCGAAAAAGCUUGCUGCAAAACCUGAUUCAGAGGAAGCAGCAAAGCCAGCGGAAGAUGUUGCGAUGCCACCGGUUGAGCCACCGCCAAAGCCAACCGAUGAGAUUCUUAUUGAGCUGGAAGAGAGUAAACACAGGACGGCAUGGGUUGCGCUGCGAGCAGCCCGUGAAGUGCAUUUGCAACAUUUUGGGAAGAUAGGAACGGGGGACAUUGAGUUGUUGUUGAAGGAGAUCGAGAAUGAGAGCGAGAACGGGAAGCAGGUGCCAGCCUCGUCUACCUCCACAGAUGCGGGCGAUGUCGGAUCUGGUAGUCCGAUGACCAACCCCCGGACCGAGCAUUUAAACAUUCUUUUCUCUCCUCUUACCACCACCAUGUCCAACCUCCCUAAAAUCCUAGUCACUGGAGGCUCUGGUUAUAUUGGCUCGCACGUAAUCUACACCUUGCAGCAAACCAGACGGUACAAGGUCAUUUCGCUCGACAACGGCCACAACUCGCACUCGAAUGCACUCGAUCGAGUUUCCGCGCUGUCUCGGAGUGAACUUCCUGAGAACGCGUCAGAGCAAGAAAUUGAAACGACGGUCAUCGAGAAUCAUUCUUGCGACCUGACUCGCCGCGAUGAAAUACGGGCGGUCUUUGAGAAGUACGGCAAGGGUGGGAUAUGGGGCGUUGUUCACAUUGCGGCAUAUAAAGCUGUCGGUGAAUCCGUCGAAAUCCCGCUCACCUACUACGAGAACAAUGUCGCUGCAACGCUCUACCUGCUUCAAGUGAUGAACGAGUUUGACUGCACCCGCAUAGUCUACUCUUCGUCUGCAACUGUCUACGGAAUACCACCCACCAUCCCAAUUCCUGAGUCGACGCGGCUCAAGGCUGACAGCCCAUAUGGAAAGACCAAGGUUGCGUGCGAGACGAUGAUUGACGAUCUGUGCCAUUCUGACUCGCGAUGGAGUGGUAUUUCCUUGAGAUACUUCAAUCCUGCGGGUGCCCAUCCGUCAGGGCAAAUUGGGGAGCACCCCAAGGGGCGCCCUGGAAACCUGCUCCCCCUUCUUGCCCAUAUGGCGGUUGGUCGAGUGGAUGCUACGACCCUGAAAGUGUUUGGCAAUGACUACCCCACUCCCGACGGUACCUGUGUGCGAGACUACCUCCACAUCCUCGAUCUCGCCUCAGGGCAUUUACUGGCCCUUGAAGCCCUAUCAGACGACAGCAAAGUGUUUGGAUCGUCUUCCACUGGUCGCUACAAGGGGUACAACCUCGGCCAAGGCCGCGGCAUCAGCGUGCUCCAGAUUAUCGAGGCCAUGCGCAAGGCCACAGGCUUUGACUAUCAAUACGAGAUAAUCGGUCGGCGCGCUGGAGACGUACCUGACCUCACUGCCGAUCCCACCCUUGCAGAGAAAGAGCUGGGGUUCAAGGCCGACCAAGAUCUCGCCGUUAUGUGCAAAGAUUUAUGGAAUUUCCAGUCCAAAAACCCGGAUGGCUACGGCAAGUUUGAGUAG